GCUAGAAACUAGAAACCAGAGAGUCUUGCUGCAGAGAGAAAAAGGGAGAGAUGGCGGAAGAGUGGCGGGAUUGGUGGGAGUUCGAGAUGCCGCCGUACGGCGUUAUCGUGGUAGGAGUGGUGGGGGCGAUGGUGGUGAUGCCGAUGGUACUCGGCGAGCCGAACGCGGUGGCGGAGUCGAUCCAGGAGAUCAUCAGCCCCACCGGGAUGAUGCUUCUUCCUCUGACCCUGCUCCUCCUCAUCCGCUUCCUCUCCACCAAGCGCCCUACUUUCUUCUCCGACAUCUUGACCGCCACCGGCGACCCCGCCUCCAUCCACCGCGUCGGCGGAUCCCCCGUCGGCGUCGCCCUCAUCUUGAUCAUCCUCCUCUUCCUCGUCUACUACCGCUCCUCCCUCAACGGCGAGGGCGAAGAGGAGGAGAACGGCGACUGAAGAAGCCUCCGAGUCCGGGCAAUUAGCCUUCCCGCCAAAAAACCUCCUGUAUGCCUCCCUACCAUCUUCUUCUCUGAUCUCUUCUCUUUGUACAAAAAUUACCUACAUGCCCCUGCUUUUAUGAACAAGAUCAAUCCAGAGCUCCUUCUUUUUGUUUA